GUUAGUGUAUGUGUGAGAGGAAGCCACAAGCCUGACCGCACGCCACCCUCUCUUCUCUUCGCAUGCCCUGCCCCCAUUCACAUCCCACCCUCCACCUCGUUAAAUUCCCAUCUCCUCAAAACCCAACAAAAUCGAUCAAUGGAAGACCAAGAGGAUCGACGACAAGGCCAAGAGGAACAAGGAGAAGAAGGAGAGGAAGAGGGCGAGAGCAGCGAAGUUCUGAGGCCAUCGCUGCCGAUGGGGAGGGUGAAGAAGAUAGUGAAGCUGGACCGGGAGAUCAAGAAGGUGAACUCGGAAGCCCUCUUUCUCAUCUCCCUCUCUACCGACCUCUUCCUCCGAUCCCUCGCCUCCAGCGCCCGCGACGCCGCCCUCCUCAGCAAACGCCGCACCAUCAAGCUCGACCACCUCCGCUCCGCCGCGUGCUCCCACCCUCCUACCUCCGACUUCCUCCUCGACUCCCUCCCCCGCCCUUCGCCUCCCUCCAAGCCGGCCGCUCGGCCCAGACCCGCCGCCGCCUCCGAGAAGCCCCUCCCUCCCGGUGCCCGCCGGAUCGACGAUUUCUUCCGGAAGCCGACGGCGGAUUCUCAGUAAUGACCUCAUCUCAUCAUUCCUGGCACUUGGUAGAUGAAUAGAACUUGGAAAUGAAGCCAGUCCAUCAUUUGGAACUCCCUUUAACUUAAGAAUGGAAGUGAUCAGAAGGAGACAGAUAGUUUGUUCAGGAAACUGGGCGCUGUAUCUGGAUAGUUCAGAUGGAAAUGAAGGUCAGUGUCAGUCCUACCAAUUAGUAGAGGAAUUUUGUAAAAGGUUUGCUUUUCUGUAUGCGUCUUAUCUUUUGUCUUUGUUUGUGUUUUGAUUCCUCCUGUGGCAUUUUUCAUUUUAGUUAGAAUUGUGAGGUGCUGUUUGCACCUCACAUUUCUCUUGCAUGUGACUUAUUCUGUUUGUUUCCACCAUAGAGAGAGCAUUAGAGUAUCGCAUUUACUAGCUCGUGACUAUGUUGAUGCUUUGGAA